GCUGGCCAGGCCUGCGGCUUGGGUUCUGUCUACAAUCUAGAGAUUCUGAAUUCUGACCGCAACAGCGAGUGGAGGGAGUGUGUAGGCAGCCGGGGUUGCCCAGCAGCCGCCGCCAUGACGCCCUUCGACCUCCAGGAGGAGGAAUAGAGAGGGGAUGGCUCCGCUAGGAGAGCAUGGGAGACGGCAGGCAGAGGUACAUGAAAGCACAGAAAUGCGGCCGCAUCAGCUUGUCUGCUUCUCAGUGGAGUAUGUGAAAGUCUGCAGAAUUUUUAAGGCUGCUGUGACUUACUCGAAGCCUCGAUUGGCCACAUUUUGGCACUAUGCCAAGGUUGAGCUGGUUCCUCCAACCCCUGCUGAGAUCCCUACAGCUAUUCAGAGCUUGAAAAAAAUUAUCAAUAGUGCUCAAACUGGUAGCUUCAAACAGCUUACAGUUAAGGAAGCUCUACUGAAUGGUUUGGUGGCCACUGAGGUGUGGAUGUGGUUUUAUGUUGGCGAGAUCAUAGGCAAGCGUGGCAUCAUUGGCUAUAAUGUUUGAAGACCAGUCUUUGCUUUAUUAUUUGGGUGUUCUUGGACCAUGUGUGAGCAGACUGCUAUUUGAAUAAAAUAAGACAAUGUGUCAAAAUCAGUGUUUUCUCUGUCAAGCACUACAUGGAAGGUCACAAUUUCUCUUGAUAUUAAGUUGGGUUGUCUUUUGCUUUAAUACAUUAAUACAGCUCUAAAUGCAUGUCUUUGCUUAGCCUGAAAUUGGAAAGGAUAGAUAUGAAUAUACCAACCUGGUACAUGUAUAUAUGAGGAUAGCAUUUUACUUUGAAGUCUUGAAAUAAAUGAUAUUUAAGCUUAAUUUUAGAAAAGUUGCGGAAAGGCUUUGAGAAAACAAGAACUUGUUCCAGUAGGAGAAAAAUAAUACCGUGUGCCAAACAUGGUAUAUGCUAGUUAAAUCACCUAGUAUAAAGAAUACAAUUUGGACUGUUUUUCUUUGCUAAAAUCAGAGAAAGACCCCUUUGACAACAGCUGUGUCUGUAAAUGUAGGGGUACUUUUUGUCAAUUUGAAUAUAGCUUCCCCAAAAGAGACCAGCUGGGUGAUAUUCUGUGUGUCUUUGUAACAUCUUUAACACUAGGACAGAGAAUGAAAGCAAUGACCUAUGUUUUCAGUUUAAUUUUGAUAUGUUAUUAACCUUUUUUUUUUUAAAGACCUACCUUUACAAAAAUAAAAUAUCCUAUAGAUAUUUAACAGGAUUAUAGUUUAGUAUCGUCCAUGGGUCAAAAUAAUAUAUUAUGUCCUGAAAUAAAUACAAGUGAUUGGUAUCAGUC